GGGAUCUAGCGAGGAGGAAGAAUUUUGGUUUCCGUUCUCUUUCGUCAGUCAGAAAAGAGCUUUACUUGGAAAAUGGUGGCAAAAUUGGCCUUCUAACAGCCGGAAAUUAUUUCUAGCACUCAGAUAUUUUAGAUGUGAUAAAAGGCUCUACCAGGGUUCUUUCAUCUAUUCCUUAAACAUAUUUUAAAAAUAUGCAAUUUUCGGAAUAAGUAUUGGCUUUAAGUUAGAUGAGUUUUUUUUUUGUUUCCCGUGUUUUUGCCCCGCUCUCCUAGAACAGCAACUUUAUUUUAAAUUCUGCAUUCCCUUCCCAUCAGCUUUUUUAAACGAAUAUCAUGCCAGGAGAGAGUUGGUAUUUUUUUAUUGUCUUUUAAAUAUCAUUAUUAAAAGUGAUUUACCUGACGCUACUGCUUGCCCUGCAGCAAAUUGGACCAUCCACCUUCAUCAGACAGUCAUAGAAUUGUAGACUUGGAAGGGAUCCUGGGGGUCAUCUAUUCCAACCCCCUGCAGUGCAGGAAUCUCAGCUAAAGCAUCCAUGGCAUAUGGCCAUCCAGCCUCUGAUUAAAAACCUCCAAGGAAGGAGAGUCCACCACUUUACAAGGGAGUUUGUUUCACCGUUGAACAGGUCUUACCAUCAUUGUCUUUUCCAGGCUAAACAUACCCAGCUCCCUCAACCGUUCCUCCUAAGGUUUGGUUUUCAAACCUUUGAUCAUCUUGGUCUCACCCUCCUCUGCACAUGUUCCAGCUUGUCAAUAUCCUCCUUAAAUUGUCGUGGCCAGAAUUGGACAAAGUACUCCAGAAGCAUUAACCAUAUAGUACCAACAAUCUGUGAAAAUGGAAGAAAGAAAAACUAAGAGGAGGAGUCCCAAAUCAUCCACUUCUCAUGUCACUCAAGUGGUCAACAAUAAGAAAAAUUCUGUGCCUCCUAGCAAAAGUGCAGUGUUUUCAAAUCCUGCACCACAGCCACCUUCACAGAAACCAAAGUUUAAAAGGGGCAUGAAAGAGAAAGCCAAAGCACCAGGAGCAGAAAGCAAAGGAGCGCAGUCUGCUCCAAUCCAGCACUCAUUUCUCACUGAUGUAUCAGAUGUUCAAGAGAUGGAGAAAGGACUUCUGAGUCUUCUGAAUGACUUCCACUCUGGCAAACUUCAAGCAUUUGGAAAUGAAUGUUCCAUAGAGCAAAUGGAACAUGUAAGAGGAAUGCAGGAGAAGCUGGCCCGCUUGAAUCUAGAGCUUUAUGGGGAGUUGGAAGAACUUCCUGAAGAUAAGAGAAAAGUAGCUAGUGACUCGAAUCUUGAUAGACUGCUGUCAGAUCUGGAAGAACUGAAUUCCUCUAUACAAAAACUUCAUUUAGCAGAUGUUCAAGAUGUUCCGAAUACCAGCACAAGCUAAAAUGCACCUUGUCUUUUUUGUGUUUCGGAAACCCAGGGUGUCUUAUUUCAUUUCCAGUGGACUCUCUCUCUUGGGUCUGCAGCAAAGUAUCUAUAUGCAAGUGAACAUAUUCACACAUUCCUCUUAGCAGAUGCAAGUUCUACAUAUCUGUCAGGGUUGGAAACUAGGGUACAGGAUGACCAUGUCUUGCUGCUAUGCUUUGUAUUACUGCCUUAUCUACCAUGAAGUGUUUGGAAAACUUGAAAAUGCGUUUUUAUGCUGAGUGUUCGGAUGAUUUUGAGUUCUAUAGAAGUAUGAUUUUUAAUAUAACAUGUUCAACUUUGAUUAAAUUAAUAAUGGAGCGUGGUGUUCCUGCUGCUUUCCCACAGUGCAGACAAUCAGCUUAGACGUUCCUGUGUGUCUUUUUUUUUUGCGGGUGAUGCUGUUAAAUGAGUGUUUAAUUUAUUUCAGCAAUAAAAUAAUUCUAAAGAUUGCUAGUGUUUUUCUCUACAGUAACAAUUUAUAUGUCUACUACUGAGAGGUUCUUUAAGUGUGGCUUAUUUUGGUAGGGGGCAAGGGUAGGAAUUAUACUGC